AUGUCCAUGUCUGAGUCAGAUGAUGUCCGGCUGAGAAUCAUUGAGGGUCAUAAAACCACCCUGAAAAAGAAGUAUCAGUGCUUAUAUGAAGGUGUCACACUGAAAGAAAACCAAACCCUCCUCAACAGCAUUUACACAGAGCUCUACACCACAGAGGGAGAGAGUGAAGGGGUGAAUGAGAAACAUGAGGUUUUGCAGAUUGAAACAACAUCCAGGAAAUGGGUUUCUCAAGACAAACCAAUCAGCUGCAAUGACAUCUUCAAACCCUUGUCAACCAACAGACCUAAAGAGCAGAAAAAAGCCUUGUCUCGUCAGGAACCUGAAGGGGACAGAAAAAAGGCAGAAAUCAGAACUGUACUCACCAAGGGCAUUGCUGGAAUUGGAAAAACAGUCUCUGUGCAGAAGUUCAUUCUGGACUGGGCAGAAGGAAGGACCAAUCAGGACAUUAAUUUCAUGCUGGUUCUUCCUUUUAGAGAACUGAACUUGGUUAAAGAUGAACACUUCAGUCUUCAUGGACUCCUGCUAGAGUUUCACCCAGAACUGAAAGACUUGGAUCCAAAGAAAUAUAAUGACUGUAAAAUGCUGUUCAUCUUUGAUGGUUUUGAUGAGAGUCGACUUCAGCUGAAUAUUCCUGAGAUGCUGUGUGAUGUGACCACAACAUCAUCAGUGAACAUGCUGAUAUCAAACCUCAUCAAAGGAAAUCUUCUUCCCUCUGCACUCAUCUGGAUAACCUCCAGACCAGCAGCAGCCAGGCAGAUCCACUCUCAGUUCAUCAGUCGUGUGACAGAAGUCCAAGGAUUCAGUGAUUCACAAAAAGAGGAAUACUUCAGAAAAAGAGCCAGUGAUGAGAGUCAAGCCAACAGAAUCAUCUCACACAUCAAGACAUCAGUGAGUCUCCACAUCAUGUGUCACAUCCCAGUGUUCUGUUGGAUUUCAGCCACUGUGCUUCAGGAAUUGCUGCGUCAAGACAAUGUAAAAGAGAUCCCUAAAACUCUGACUGAGAUGUACACACACUUCCUGCUCAUUCAGAUUAAAAUGAAGAAGCAGAAAUAUGAGGAGAAAAUUGAGACAGACUCAAAAAUUCUUCUGGAAUCAAGCAAGAAGAUCUUUCUGAAACUUGCAAAGCUGGCUUUUAAUCAGUUGUUGAUGCGUAAUGUCACAUUUUACGAAGAGGAUCUGAGAGAAUGUGGCAUUGAUGUGAGUGAGGCCACAGUGUACUCUGGGAUUUGUACUGAGAUCUUUAAAGAGGAAUCUGUGCUUCGUCAGAAGAAGGUCUACUGCUUUGUGCAUCUGAGUGUUCAAGAGUUCUUUGCUGCUCUCUAUGUGUUUUACUGCUAUGUAAACGAGAACAUGGAGCCACUGGAGUAUUUCCUGAGGAAAAGGACCAGAGUGGAGCCAAACAAUAUUCCCUUGGAUGAGUUGCUGAAGAAAGCUGUGGAUAAAUCUUUGGAGAGUAAGGAUGGUCAUCUCGAUCUGUUUGUCCGCUUCCUUCAUGGCAUCUCACUGGAGUCCAACCAGAAACUCCUACAUGGUCUGCUGACACACACACAGGACAGCCAGGAGAGCAUCAAGAAAAUAAGCCGUUACAUCAAAGAGUUAAAUAAAGAUGGUGUCUCACCUGAGAGAUGGAUCAAUCUACUGCACUGCCUGACUGAAAUGAAUGAUCGCUCUCUCCAUGAAGAAAUUCAAGCUUUUGUCAAGUCUGAAAAUGACACAACUAAACUCUCACUUGCACACUGCACAGCACUGGCCUACAUGUUUCUGAUGUCAGAGGAGGUGCUGGAUGAGUUUGACCUGAAGAAAUACAAGACAUCAGAUGAGGGUCGUAGGAGACUGCUCCCAGCUGUGAGGUGCUGCGGAAAAGCUCUACUUGCUGGUUGUAAACUCACUGAACAGUCCUGUUCAUCUGUAGCCUCAGUUCUACAGUCAGUAAACUGUCCCCUGAGAGAACUGGACCUGAGUAACAAUGACCUUCAGGAUUCAGGAGUGAAGUUUCUCUGUGUGGGACUGAAGAAUCCACAUUGUAAACUGGAGAUACUGAGACUUGCUCUCUGUAAUCUCACUGAACAGUCCUGUGAAGCUGCAGCCUCAGUACUACAGUCAGUAAACUGUCCCCUGAGAGAACUGGACCUGAGUAACAAUGACCUUCAGGAUUCAGGAGUGAAGUUUCUCUGUGUGGGACUGAAGAAUCCACACUGUAAACUGGAGAUUCUGAGGUUGUCUGGUUGUUUAGUGACAGAGGAAGGUUGUUCUUCUCUGGCUUCAGCUCUUAGUUCAAACCCCUCACACCUGAGAGAACUGGAUCUGAGCUACAAUCACCCAGGAGACUCAGGAGUGAAGCGUCUCUCUACACAGAUGAAUCAACACUGUCGACUUAAUGUGGACCAUGGUGGAAAAUUCAUGAUCAAACCAGGGUUAAGAAAAUAUGCCUGUGAUCUCACACUGGACCCAAACACAGUAAACACAAAACUCUGUCUUUCUGAGGGGAACAGAAAGGUGACACAUGUGUGGAAGAAACAGUCGUAUCCUGAUCAUCCAGAGAGAUUUGAUAUCUGGUAUCAGGUCAUGUGUAGAGAGAGUCUGACUGGACGCUGUUACUGGGAGACUGAGUGGAGUGGAGAUGCUGUUAUAUCAGUGACAUAUAAAGGAAUCAGGAGGAAAGGAAAUAGUGAUGACUGUGGAUUUGGACUCAAUGAAAAGUCAUGGAGUCUGGAGUGCAUUGGAAACACAUAUACUGCUAGUCACAAUAAACAGGACACUUUCAUACCUCACGACCCCUCACACACACACAGAGUAGGAGUGUAUCUGGACUGGUCGUCUGGAACUGUGUCCUUCUAUAGCGUCUCCUCUGACACACACACAUUCACACACAUACACACAUUCCACUGCACAUUCACUGAACCCCUCUAUGCAGGGUUUUGGGUUUCUGACUUAGUGUUUCUGUGUCAGAUAAAAUAA